AUGAAAGCUGUAAUUUUAGCACUGGCAUUGACCCUUGUGGGUUGCCAACAAAAAACUGAUCAAACUGUCUUAGGUUCGGAUAAAGUUUUAUUGUAUGAUUAUGAAGUUGAAGUUCAGAACAAAAUAUCCGAAGAUGGCUUUUCAAGUGCUGGACUAAAAGCUAAGUGUAAAGUAGAAAUUGGAAAUAUUGAACAAGACCGGAAGUUUCUAAAGGUUGAUUGUUUUGAAGGACUGGAUUACAAUGGCCUACACCCCUGGAUCAAGUUUGCUUCAUCACCCACGUUAACUACAGUGUUUCAGAAACACUUGAAGAAUCUAAUUGUUACAUUUCAACACAGAAAUGGGCAUGUCGAUGACAUAAUGGUUCCAGAUCAUGUCUCAGAAUUUGCUUUAAACUUCUGCAAAGGAAUUUUGAAUUUAUAUGAAAAUACCAUCAAGGACCAGAAAACAUAUAUUAUAAAAGAGAAUGGCAUUGAAGGUAGGUGUGACACCAUCUACCUCCUUCAAAACACUGAAAAACCAGAUGAAUUCUUGAUGACCAAAUCCAAAGAUUUAAUGAAUUGUGAUAACCUGGCUAGAAAGGUUGUUGGUGCUGCCUAUGUUAUUCCAUGUGAAUACUGCAGACAGAAAAAUAAGAAUUUUCAAGGGUCAAGUAUAUACAACUACAGAAUAAAAGAUUUGAAAGAAAAGAAUGAGAAAAUAAUCAUGGAAGCCACAGCUCAAGAAAUUCAGCAAUUCUCACCAUUCAGAGAACGAACUGAAGAAUACGUCAAACUGGAGGCCAGGCAAAAACUGGAACUCGUUGAAGCCCAUAGCCGCUUGCCACAAAUACCUUCUAACUUGAAAAAAUGCGGGUCCCUUCUAUAUCAUUUUAAAGAUGUUCCUCUACUUCCUGCUUCAUUAUUAAAAAUCAAGAACAUAAAAAAGGAGAUUGAGGAUGGAUUGCAUUACCUGGCAGAUGAAAAUGUUCCAAAAGAUGGUAAAAAAAUUCUGCAUCUGGUCAACCUUUUGCGCACAGAAAAUGAAAUUAAUUAUUUUGAAGUGUUUGACAGUUAUUAUGGGCAGGCAAUAUAUAGAUCCAUCGUUUUGGAUUUAAUCUCUACUGCGGGUACUUCAAGUGGGCUAAAAUAUGUGAGGCACAAAAUAGUUCAACAAGAGAUCACCACGAGUGAAGCAGCCCAAGCAUUGCUUGUCUUUUUCCAUUUCUGUAAUGCAUCUGAAGAAGUCGUCGAAGAAGCUAUGGCCAUUAUGAUAGACGUUCUUAAAGGUCCAAAGAGUCUCUAUCGUACUUCCAUCUGUCUCUCCUAUGGAUCAUUACUUUCCAGAUUCUAUGCCGCUUCAAACACAAUCCUCGACAAAUAUCUCAAGCCUCUGACUGAUUUUGCAACCAAUGCCGCAAGAUCAUCUGACAUAGAUGCAAGUGUCUUGGCCUUGAAAACCUUUGGAAAUGUGAGACACAUAAUUGUCUUGAAACCCAUUAUGAAGUUUCUGCAAUCUCCUCUUCCCUCUGAUGUUCGAAUUCAACAGAAUGCUAUCCUGGCUCUAAGAAAUCCUGGCCAAAAAGAUCCUACACGGGUACAAGGAAUUUUACUUCCAAUAAUCCAGAAUUACAAAUUUGCUCCUCUUGUCCGCACGUGUGCUGCCUUUGUCCUUCUGGAAUCAAAGCCCACUUUACCUGUACUGAUGGCCUUAGCCAAUGCAAUGUUACAUGAGCCUAGUAUACAGGUUGAAAACUUUGUCUACAGGUAUCUCGGCGCAAUAGCCGACAACAGAUCUCCUGAAUUCAUAGUGAUGGCUGCUUCUUACAGGAUGGCUCUCAAAGUCCUGUCUGGAAAAAGUCAAAGGUGGGCUGGUAAUUUGGUCAGCAGAUAUUCUUUCUUUGAGUACUUUGAUGAAAUUUACAAAUUUCGUCUGGCAAUGAAUUCAAUGUUUCUUCAUGAAGAAGAGGAUACGCAACCAGCAUUUAUAAUGACCCAUUUCAAGGCUCUCUUCAUGGGCAGCAUAUUUUCUCCUUUUGAGGCGGGAGUUCAAAUACAAAGAAUAAAGGAAAUCAAAGAGAUUCUGAAGCAAGUCAGCAAAGGUCAAGAUCCACAGCAACAUCAGAAAGAGCCUUCUGACCAGAAAAUCAGAACAGAUAAGUUUCCUGAUCUAGAAGGAUAUGUCAAAAUAUUUGGACAAGAAAUUGGAACUACAUGUCUAAAGGGGGAUAGUAUUCAACAGAUGUUGCAGGCAUAUCAAAGAGACACCCAACUUCCUUGGGCAAAAUAUUUUCUAGAUGUUCUUAAAAAUCUUCCAACUAUUCAGUGGGAGAAAUAUUUCAUGUCUGCGGAAAUCCAGCGUGUUGUGCCAACUUGUACAGGGUUACCUUGGCAAAUAGGUUUGGUCCAUAUUGCUCAUACAAAAAUUACUGGAGAUGUUCAGUUAUUGGUGACUCCAGAACCAACAUCCCAAAUCACAUGGGCUAACAUAAUUAACAGUGAUAUCAAACUGAAAACUAGACUGAGACUUUGGAUGAAGAAGGACAUGAUCUUAAACAUGGGAAUUAUUACACCUGAAAUUCAUGCCCUUCUAGAAGGAAAGGCCACAGUGACAGCAAACGUCCCCAUCAAUAUGGAUGUUGCUAUGAAUAUUAAAGAAAACAUCUUCAAACUUGAAUUUCCGCCUUGCAAAGAGGAAACAGACAUACUUUCUGUAAGUUUGAAGACAUCUGCUAUCACAAGCAAUAUAGAAGAGGCAGCUGCUGUGUCAACUCCUAUUUCCUUCCCUGAAAACCAGUCUAGAACAAUAGUGGAAUCCUUUGAUGUGCCAUCAACAGAACGGGAUGAAAGAAUGGACGCACUUCUAAUAGAAAAGAAGAGGUCAGCUGAUAAUCUCGAUGAACCAUUGAAAAAGUAUUUACAAUCAUUUCACCAAACACAGUGCUUUGAAACCUGUACAUUUGGUUGUAAGGCUUGCUUUCACUGGGCAAAUAUGAAUACUGCACGUAUUGAACAAAAAACUGUACGCAACCUCAUUGGAGAACAUGUUUUAAAAUUCUCCCUCAAGGAAUCUGAUCCAAAUUUACCAAUUGAGAAGCUGCGACUCACCAUUCGACGAGGUGCUCGUGUUGUUGAUCAGAUGGUGCAUUUGUUAAAACAUGAAGAAAAGGAACUAGCAAUUAAAAAACGAAUACAGAUGUUGCCAGAUCGCAUUGAUGAAAGCACUGGAAGUUCAUCAAGCAGUGAGAGUGGUAUGAAGAGAAUUAUAGGUCUAAAACAAGUUCCUACCAGCCAGCAGCAAGGUGAUGGUCAAGAACAACAGGAUCAUUCUUUGGAUAAAAGGCAAAAAAUUGAUGAUACUACCAGCAGCAGCAGCAGCAGCAGCAGCAGCAGCAGCAGCAGCGAAAGCACCCAAAAUGAUACGCAUAUUUAUGGAAGACAACAACAGGAGAAAGGUUAUCCAAGUGGUGAGAAAGAUGGGCAAAAAAAGAAACAUGCCAAGAGGCUAGCUGUCUACAGUGAUGAGAAGGAAUUUUCUAUCCGAGACCUGGCAAAGCUUCCUUUCAAGGAAAUCCAGAUCGAACAGUCAAGCAGGCCAUCGUCUUAUUCUAAUGCAAGCAACAGAAAUGAGUCCAGCUGGAGAGAAGAGGCAAAAACUCCUGGAGAUAUUCUCCUGCCAUAUGUCACUGUUGUGUUUGAAGCAGUUAGGAGUGACCAUGAAGAGAAGGGCUACAGUUUUUCCUUGUAUGAAAAGCACGACCACGACAAAACCCAUUGCAAAAUAGUUGCAGGUCAACUCAAUCAAACUAAAUGGAGAGCAUGUCUUGAUAGACUUGUGCUACCUUCCAAAUCCCAGUAUUCUUUGAGCUGGGGACAUGAAUGCAAGGAUUACAAAAUAGAACUCACGCGGUCCAUCGGCGAAGUUGCAAUUUAUAAAGCUCUCCAACUGAAAGUGAAAUGGAACAAGAUUCCUUUCUUCAAAUAUCCUUUCCGGUAUAUGUAUUUAGUUUCUGGAAUUGCAUAUCGUUUGGGCUUUUCCAUAGUUUAUGAGAGGAAGGCUCAUGGACGUGAAAUUACAGUCAGAAUUAUUGAAAAAUCUCUAGAAGCUUAUGAUGUCAUCAUUAAAAUUCCUGAUAGAACCUUUUACAUGGGUGAUUUCUAUCCCGAUUUUCUUCCCAUGGGCAUCCCAAUACCAUAUUAUCAGGAGCCAAAAUUAAGGAAAUUGAAUCGAGCUUUAUGGCUCUUCAAAGAAGUUGAAGCUGUGUGUGAGGUGCAGGGUGAAAGGAUUACAACCUUUGACAACAAGGCAUUCAACAUGAGUAUUGCCAACAGAGAAUGUGACCUUCUGAUAGUUAAGGAUUGCACCACAUCUGACAGUUAUAAAUCGCAAUUCCAAAUAUGGAUCCACAAUCCCAAACCAGGUUUCCCAAAAGAAAUUCACAUAUCCAUUAAUUCAACAGAAAUCAUAAUCCAGGAUUCCUCAGGGACUCUGAAUGUGUUACAUAAUGAAGCACCAAUAUCAACAAAUAGAGAAGCCAACAGAGAAAACAUUAAAAUUUUCAGAAGACCCAAUAAAGUUAUUAUCGAGGCUGUCGAAUAUGGCUUGGAAAGCGUGGAAUAUGAUGGUGUUAUAUUGAGAGUAAGUCAGACUGCUGUUUUUGUGCAAGAAUUUCUUAUUUUUACUUUUUAA